AGCGAGUGGUGCGCCGAGCUGUGUUGUCACUUGUGGUUUUCCCCUGCCUUCUUUCAGCCCUUCUCUUGUCAAAGUUGUCUCUUGCUUCCAGCAAAUCUUCCAUACAAUAACAAUGAGUGACAAACAGCCAUUGGUACAGCCCCCACCUCCAGCUUACAAUGCUCCGCCACCAAUGGCUCCCCCACCUCAGCAGGGUUAUCCACCUCAGCAGGGUUAUCCACCUCCUGCUUAUGGUGGCUAUCAGGCUGCACCAGCUACACAUAAUAAUACUGUCAUUGUGACUCAGCCUGCCCCUGUCCACACAACCUAUCGCACAUACAGGUCAGGUGAUCACUACUUGAGUCUCUCAAUAUUCUUGACCAUUUGCUGCUUCUUCUGGGGGACAUGGUGUGCUCUUGCUUGUACCAUACCAGCCAUUGUCUUUGCAAUUAAUGCUAGAGAUGCUGAGGCCCGUGGUGAUGCAGAAGCAGUCAGUCGUAACCGUCGUCUAGCUUUGGGUCUCAACAUUGGUGGGAUUGUCACCUACGUUGUGGCCAUAGUUAUCAUUAUUAUUGUUGCUGUGUCUGUUAAUGUCACCGCUGCAUCUUCUGGUUAUUGUUAUUACUACUAUGAUUCCUACUAUGGAUAUUAUUAUAGUUAUUGCUACAAGUGAACAGGACCUUUUUUCAUUGUGCUGCUAUUAAACUUUAGUUUUUGUGUGAAAAUAGAUUUUUGAAAGAUACAAUGAUUGUUGUGUAGGAAUGCUGAUUUAAUUUUAAA